UGUGCUUUGGUUGGCAGUGAAACGCAGCAGUGCAGGUUUCAGAGCUGCAAAGGCCGGGGGCCACAGUGCUGCUGCUGCAGGUUGUCCGGUAGGGUGCCUGUAGAGCUACACAACACGCUGUUGAUGUCAGGAGAAGAGAAGGGGGGGAAACGUGAGGAAUGGCUGAAAACCGACGGUGCUCUCCUGCAAGGAAACAAACCAGGACGUAAGAUUUCGACUGGUGCUUUUCAAGCUUGAACAGAUUGAUUCAGGCAUUUAGCUUCGUAUCAGCGUUUACUGCGCAUAGUGAUUAUUUUCUCAAUUUAUUGGGAGAGCGAAAACGCAAGGGGGAAAAAACCGCAAGGUAGACUGCCGCUCCUGUCGCCAGCAGAGCUACUUUAUGGACUAAUACGACAUAAACAGGCUGAGAAAUGUUUCGCGCUAAGGUCGCGCGCUCGUCCUCGGUGGCCGCGUGAGGUUUUUGAGGCUAGCUAAUAGUUCAUAUGCAUAUUUUUUUGGCCCGGUUUAGAGCGUGUGUUUGUUGUGGGGACGUUACAUUUAGUUUGAUAAACACGACGGUUGAAAUUCAUCCCUCCUUCAUGCCUCAACCGAGCCGACCACAUGAGAAGUCGACGUCCGGGGUAGAGUAAACCGCAAACAAAGGCCCCCUUCUUCUGCUUCACUGUUUCCACCUGAACCAUCCAGGAGAGGGGAGAAACAACAACAUGCGUGUGGAUUUGUUUUGGAUAUGUUUGUGGUGCUUCGUUCGUCCAAGUGCCUCCGGUCAAGGGCAGUCGACGGCCGUGUGUUCCCCCUCAUGCAGCUGCGAUGAAGAUGGGGGAGCAGACUGCUCAGGGAGAGGGCUGACCAGCGUCCCAACUGGCCUCAGUACUUUCACCUACUACCUUGAUCUGAGUAUGAACAACAUCACUGAGCUUCCAGCAUAUGUUUUCAAGAACUUCCCCUACCUAGAAGAACUACGACUCGCUGGGAAUGACCUGACAUUCAUCCACCCUGACGCCCUGUCUGGUCUGCAUCAGCUCAAAGUUCUAAUGCUGCAAAAUAAUCAACUGAAAUCUGUACCCAGCACAGCACUAAAAAACCUUCACUCGCUUCAGUCUCUUCGUCUGGAUGCAAACCACAUUACAACCGUUCCUGACGAAAGCUUCGAAGGUCUCCAACAGCUUCGCCACCUUUGGCUUGAUGACAACCACCUGACCGAGGUCCCUGUCACUUCCCUGAGACACCAGUCAAACCUCCAAGCUCUGACUCUGGCACUGAACCGCAUCUUGUAUAUCCCAGACAACGCCUUCAGAAACCUGACUAGUCUGGUGGUGCUGCAUCUUCAUAACAACCAAAUUAAGGAGAUAGGAGCCAACUGUUUUGCUGGAUUGGUGAAUCUGGAGACGCUAGAUCUUAAUUUUAACAACCUGAAGGAGUUUCCCAAAGCAAUACAAGCCUUGCCCAAACUGAAGGAACUCGGGUUUCACAGCAAUGAUAUUGCUGCAAUUCCAGAAGGGGCCUUUCACAACAACCCCAUGCUACGAACCAUACAUCUUUAUGACAACCCGCUGUCAUUUGUGGGUGCUUCAGCCUUCCAAAAUCUCUCAGAUCUGCACUCCCUGAUGUUACGUGGUGCCAGUUUGAUGAAGGACUUCCCUAUUCUCACAUUGACUAAUAAUCUGGAGAGUCUGACUCUCUCUGGUACCAAGAUAUCAUCCAUACCCACCAAUCUGUGUGAAGAUCUCAGGUUGCUUCAGACACUUGACCUGUCCUACAAUGAGGUGACGGAGUUACCGUCCUUUCAGGGUUGUGGCCGGCUGCAGGAGAUAAGCUUCCAGCACAAUCAUAUUCAAGAAGUCGACAGAGAUACUUUCCAGGGUCUCUCAGUGCUGCGUUUGUUAGACCUGAGUAGAAACAAAAUUCGAGUUAUCCACAAAGAUGCUUUCCUCACCCUCACUGGACUCACCAACCUAGAUCUAAGCAUGAACGCCUUGUCUAUGAUUCCAACAACUGGACUGAGUUCCCUCAGUCAGCUGAAACUUUCAGGAAACCCACAGAUGAAAAAUGUUCUACCUGCAAAAAACCUUCCAAAACUCCGGUCGAUCUCUGUUCCCUACGCCUACCAGUGCUGUGCAUUCAUUGGAUGUGAGUCAGCAAUGAGGUCUUCUGAGGAAACUGACAGGAAGAAAUCUACAGGUGCUGAAGCAGGGGAGCAGGUCUCAAUGAUAAUGCAUUGCUCUCCUUCACCAGGAGCCUUCAAGCCCUGCGAGCACCUCUUGGGUAACUGGAUGAUUCGUCUGACUGUCUGGUUUAUCUGCCUGGUGUCGCUGGUGUUUAACAGCCUGGUGCUGGUGACCACCUUCUCCCCUGCUCAGCGAGCCACUGGUUAUUCCCCCUACCUGACUCCAUCUUUGUCACCAGCCAGGCUGUUGAUGGGAUUGCUGGCCAUUGCAAACCUGCUCACAGGCCUGUAUGUCGGCAUUCUGACCGUGCUUGAUGCUGCAACGUGGGGAUUAUUCGCAGAGUUUGGCGUGUGGUGGGAGAUGGGCCCCGGCUGUCAGAUUGCAGGAGCUCUCGCCGUGUUUUCUUCAGAGUGGUCCGUGUUGUUGCUGUCGCUGGCAGCCGUGGAGCGCAGCAUGACGGUGCGGAUGAUUCUUGGAAAAGUGAUGAUGACGCCCAGGAGGAACGGCGGCAACCAUCGCAGGUGCUUGAGAGGUUACCAACGCUUCGGCCUGGCUGCGGGGCUGCUGGGCUUGCUUGCCGCCGCCGGAGCAAGUUUGCCUCUUCUGACCUUCGACGAUAAGUCCUCUUCUCCUCUCUGCCUGCCGUUCGCUGGGGGUGAGAGUCCAGCUCUGAGUGUUACGGUCAUUCUAGUCCUGCUCAACGCCCUGGCCUACCUCUUCACAGCCGCAGUAUACACUCAGCUCUACUGCCACCUCGGCAGGGUGGAGUUAGCAGAUCCAGAACAGACUGGCGCACUGCGCCAUGUAGCCUGGCUCAUCUUCACCAACUGCAUAUUCUUCUGUCCGGUAGCAGCUUUUUCAUUCGCUCCACUUCUGACAGGAUCUACAGCCGGCGGCCCGGAAAUUGCCAAGUCCGUCACCCUCAUUUUCUUCCCCCUACCUGCGUGCCUGAACCCAGUGUUGUAUGUUUUUUUCAGCCCAGCCUUCAGAGAGGACUGGUUAAGGUUGCGAGGUCACAUUGGUCUGACCCGAGAGGCGAAGGCUGGUGCUGAAAGCGGCUGCGACGACGGCGGUGGGGGCUCAGAGCUGACAGACGGAGGAUCCUCCACCCACCUAGGCUUUGACUGUGGUGUGUACUCACAGCUUUGUGGAGAGACUGUAUGCGAACAGUGCGAGGCAGUGCUGCGUGCCCGGGCCUGCUCUUCCUCCUCAGGCUCCGCUAUCUGCAGACAUUUAGUGAAGUCUCACAGCUGUCCCACCCUUCUGGCCGGGGCAGCAAUAUGCCAGCGCUCUGAGGGGUUCUGGGCAGACAGCAGCACACCCUCUGCUCAGUCCGAGUGCGCUGACGAGGGAGACUCAUUCAUUUCAGACAGUUCAGACCAGGUUCAAGCCUGCGGCAGGGCCUGCUUCUGCCAAAGUAGAGGACUUCCUCUGGUACACUACUCAUACAACAUACCUCGAGUCAAGGACUAAGGGUGCCUCAGUGCUCCAGAGCGUCAGUGUGCACAGAUAUGUCAGUCGUGUGAAUUUAGAUUCUUCAAGAUAAUGUAAUUUUAUAAAUAUAUAUAUAUCAGAACAGAAAAUGUGCCAACUACCUUUACAAUUCAUCACGCACUUAUGUUUGUAAUUACUGUUUAAAGACAUGCAGCAAAUCAUUGAAAGGGAAUUUCAAGUUAAAAGAUCAUUUCUAGAUGAAAUGUACCAAGUGCUUCAUGUUACAAACUGCUUAACAAAAGCAAAUCUUACCACCAGUGCCUGCCUGCCUCUUCUGAUCAACUGACAUGAUGAUGAUGAUGAUGAUGACGCAAGCAUAAGGGGUCAAGGAUGUUUUAUGUGUUGUGUACUCAUAAGCUUUCUAAAUAUAUCACACAUCAAACUUUAACAUGUCUAUCCAACAAUUUUUAUUUUUUUAAUUGGAUAUUUUUAUACAUAGAUUUAGCAAAAUGAUGAUCAUUGUUUAAUUUCUUUCAAUGUGUAUGUGUGAAUGUAAGUUCAAGGUGAUCCAGGGUUCCUAUGCAUACCGAAAAGUAUAGAAAAGUAUUGUGAUUGAUUAUAAAGUAUUUUCCAGGUCCGGAUGAGUAGGGGAAAAAAAAAAAAAGGUAUUUCCAGACAUUCUGAUUCCAGUUGCCUUAAUACAGAUCCUUCCCAGUUUGUCCAUCGCGUCUCUAGAUUGCUUCUCCUCUUGCUUUCCUAUUUUUCCUUCUUUCUAUUAACAUGAGGUUCUGCUUACUUGUUUCCUUUCAUUCAAUUUCCUUAUUUUAAAUCCUUUCUCAUUUCAUCCUUUCCUUUUCCAUAUAGUUGUCCUCUUUUCUUUCCUUAAAUGUUAUGUCUUCUUUAUUCCCUUCUCUCCCUUAUUAGUGGCUUAUUGCCUUCCUUGUGUUCCUUUUUGUCCCCAUUGUCCUUCCUUAUUUUCCUUUCUUGUGUACUUCUUUUGUCCUUCCUUGUUCAUACCUUUUGUCCUUCCUCCUUUGUGUCCUUCCUUUAUGGUCUCCUACCAAACCUUUCUUUCCUAUGGGUUUCACUCUCUUGUCUCCUUUUAUCUUUCCUCACACCUUUAAUAUUUUUUUCCUUGUGUCAGGACUUGUUUUCGUCUGUCUUUAUUCAUUUUAUUGUAUUUUUUGUUCUUGUGACCUUUCUUCGUUCUUAUUGUUUCUGGGUUUUUUUUCUCCAUUGAAUGUCUAUAUAGAGUAAAAUAGAGAAAACCUGCCAUAUGUUAGGAUAUUAUAUUUUAUUAUUAUAAGAACAGAUAAAAAGGAAAUAGAACGCUGGAAGUCGAGCUUUGAAAAGUAUGAAACUCAACUGAGGAUUGUGUUGGAACCCUGGUUAUGUUCUGCUUGUUGGGGUUGAAUGAUAGAGCAUUGAUAACUACUAGCCUAUGAGCAUGUGAUUGACACACACCGCAGUGAGAAUGACAGAGUUCAGUCUGUAAAGAAAAACACACCUUUUGCUUUUUAUACUCAGAAUGUGAUAAAAGUAGCAGCUAUUACUGUUUUAACAACUGUGUUCAGUCGAUUUGACACGCAUUAUUUAUUGUUAUAAGCAGACAGGAGUGUUUGGGCGGAGACUAUUUGUGGCGGCCUCUUAAUGAUAAGAACGCACGACAAUGUAAUCCAAGCAUUUUGCCAAAAUGGCACCUCUUUUAUUAUUUAUCUCUUAUUAGGUCAUUUUCACAUAUUAUUAAUGCAAAUCCCACUUGUGUCAGACUUUCAGCUUUUUUUGGUCCUAAUUUUGCUUUCACAGCUUUUUUUUUUUUUUUUUCCUGUCCAAGCUCUAGGCGGAAAAUGUUUUUCACUCACAGGGAAGUUUCUGAGCUGAAUCCUUUGUGUAUUUUGAACUUACUUAAAGAGGUUUUGCCGGUUAAUAAUGGAACAACUCAAUCUAAUGAAUCACAGUCCAAGUUAAGCUCAAUGAAUGCAAAGUUAAUUUCUCACACCAUUUAAAGACUGGCUGCAAGCUGAGUCAACAAAAGAAGGUAUGGAAAGCUUCCAAGUUAGAUGAAACAACAUAGAUCUAUGUUUUCUGGGCCUUAGAAUGUACACAUGAUGGUAGAAAUGGGAAAAUAGGGCAUGAAAUGACAUAUUUACUCUUUUUUUUUUUUUUUUUUUUUUUACAGUUCAGCUCCAUUAUCAUUAUUGGUGAUUUAUUAUUGUAUUUUAAUUUAGUUUGAAUGUAUGUGAUAAUCAGAGUAUUAUUGUAUCACUAAGUAAAUACCUGUAGACAUCUUUUCAUCCUGACCUAGUUGAGGCUGGGCGUGACAGAGUCUGACGGAUGUUUAGUUUGCUCAAGCAUGACUGCACGCAUUGAGGUGGUCACACCCUCUAAGCAUGUAUCUACAAGCGCACGCCAUGUGAGUUCUCAGGAAUUCAGGCAAUGUAGGGAACCAUUCUCCUUCAGCACCGAGACAUUCUCAUGUCUUCUUUAUGUUCCAGUCCUUAAAUGUAUUUGUAGUCAUCUUUGGAAAAGAUGCUUAAAUCGUUGUAUUAACCAAAAUGCCUCGUUUUGUUUCAACAUCUGAUCUCCUGUCUGCUGAAAAUGUGCAAAAUCUUUCAGUGCUUUAAUUAUUUCUGUGUUUUCCAUGUAAAUUAUUUGAAAAGGAAACUCAAGAAUGGGAUGCUAACUAAGGAAGCUACCUCCUCGCUUGUUGAGGCUGUCAGCAGUGCUUUGUAAGAGAGUUUGUUUUUAUUUUUCACUGUUUGCAUCCUCAGCUUUAUAAUGUUCACUUUAGCUGUAAAUCAUUUCAGUUAUGUGCAAGUUGUGGGAGGAAUCUAUGUACUGUAUACUGUGAUUUUUUUUUUUGUUCUUUUUCCUUGUUUUUAACAAAACAGAAAAUGUCUUUUCUUCUCUACUGUCACAGAAUAUAGAUUAUCUUACGUAUUUUUACUUAGCAUUUGUUCAAUUUGAAUCUAACCUGUAUUUUUUUUUUUUUGUCAGCUCCCCCUGCCCUUUUCUGUUCCGAUAGGUAAAUCAAUUCUUUAAAUUGUGAAUGAAUAAAAUUGGUAAAAUCUUAAA